AUGACUGAUAGAUGGCUCCAGUUAAAUCCAAAGAACAAAUGUGGAGAGAUUAUUGGAGCAGAAUGUAGUUGCAAAUGGCAUCCUGAUAAACCAGGUGGACUAGAAGCCAAGAAGGUGACUGACUAUGGUAAUGCUGUUGGUUUUAUUGCCUAUACUCAUUUCAGUAAAGAGGAAUUCAAAUUACUAAAAAGUCUAGGUAAUGGAGAGGAACCUUAUGAUAAUUAUGAAAGCCAAUCCACAGAGAUUAUUCACAAGUUAGAUGGAUUUGCUUGCUCAUACCGGAAUUAUGUCACUAUUAAUCUCACAAAAGGUGGAACAUCUCAGAUUAGUUAUUGUUGCAAUAAGCAUGGUAAGACUAAGAAGGAUGGUAGUGCUAAAGUCAGAGUUGAUCAAGUGACGAUUCGUUGUAAAGACCAUGGGGAAUCAAGUUCCCUUAAAGCCUACAAACAUUCCGUUAAUCAAGGAGUGGACCUUGCAGGUAUAAGGUACUACGAUAACGGCCAGUAUGGUGGUAGGAGGAAAAUAAAUUUGAAAAAAGUACCAUUUCCUAUACAGGAUUCACCCAGUGCCUAUGCCUUUUAUUGCAACCAGAAUACUCCAGUGUUGCUAUAUCUAAACUAUAAUGGACAAAAUGAUGUUAAGGGCUGGUACCAGAAAGACAAGCUUACUAAUAGUGAUAAUGGCAGUGAAGAGUGGAUAAAAGUAGAAAAUCUCGACAAAAUAAUGCCUAAUGAUCUUGGUAACCUUACCUGUAAGCAGUGGAGUGAUCUUAAGAAGGAACUUGACAAGCACGGUGACAAUGGUUUGGAAGAAUGUCCUGACGGAGCUAAACAACUAGAACAACAGGAACUGGAACAAGAAUCACUAUCACAUGCUGAUGGAGGACCUACUGGUAAAGCUGGUGAUGAUAGUGCAGCUGCUAGCCUAGGUGGAGAUGUUCCUCCUGGACCUGAAGCUCCUGAUGAAGAUGGUAAAGGACCUACUGGUGAUCAAGUGUCUACUGAAAAAAUUGACUCUCCAUCUGCUGAACAAACACAAAUUAAUGUUCAAUCUUCUGAAGAUUCUCAUAAACAACGUAUUGAUGUCUCACCUGGUCAAGCUACUACUCAAGAUGCUGCUCAAUCUGGAGAUGGUAAUGGAGGACAACCUGCUCCUGAUGAAACUAAUACUUCUACUACUCAAGCUGCUACUUCUACUUCUGAAUCUACUCGAACUGAAGGAUCUCCUGAUCCUCAACCUGCUCAAGCUGUUACUGGUCUUGAAGUUGUUGGUGGAGCUACUGGUCUUGGAUCUAUCAUCUCUGGAGUUUUUGGUGGAUCCGCUGCAACAUUUUUUGGAACAUGCAAACUUACAUAUAACAAAGAACACAAGACAACAUUUAUUCACAAAUUACAAUGGUUACAUCAACUCUGA